AUGGUCCAAAUUAGCGAAGUGCGCGGCAACAGUCGCGACCACCGCACAGCGGCGCACACACAUAUCAAAGGCCUGGGCCUCAAUACAAAUGGCAUCGCCGAGAAGCAAGCUGCUGGCUUUGUCGGCCAAGCCUCCGCGCGUGAGGCCUGCGGCGUCGUCGUCGACCUCAUCAAAGCACACAAGAUGGCUGGCCGGGGGGUGCUGCUCGCAGGCGGUCCAGGCACAGGAAAGACAGCACUGGCACUUGCUAUCAGCCAGGAGCUCGGCACCAAAAUCCCCUUCUGCCCCAUCACUGGCAGCGAAAUCUACUCGACCGAAGUGAAGAAGACCGAGGUGCUCAUGGAGAACUUCCGGCGCGCCAUCGGGCUGAGGGUCCGCGAAACCAAGGACGUCUACGAGGGCGAGGUCACGGAGUUGACACCGGAGGAGGCGGAGAACCCACUCGGCGGCUAUGGCAAGACCAUCAGCACCCUGCUAAUCGGGCUCAAGAGCGCCAGGGGACAGAAGAAGCUGCGGCUCGACCCAAGCAUAUACGAGGCGAUACAGAAGGAGAGGGUCCAGGUGGGCGACGUCAUCUACAUCGAGACCAACACGGGCGCCUGCAAACGCGUCGGCCGGUCGGAUGCCUACGCGACCGAGUUCGACCUCGAGGCCGAGGAGUAUGUGCCGAUUCCCAAGGGCGAGGUGCACAAGAAGAAGGAGAUCGUCCAAGACGUGUCACUGCACGACCUGGAUGUGGCAAACGCGCGUCCGCAGGGCGGCCAGGACAUCAUGUCGAUGAUGGGUCAGCUGAUGAAGCCCAAGAUGACCGAGAUCACGGACAAGCUGCGGGCCGAGAUCAACAAGGUGGUCAGCAAGUACAUCAACCAGGGUGUCGCCGAGCUCGUGCCGGGUGUGCUCUUUAUUGACGAGGCACACAUGCUGGAUGUCGAAUGCUUCACGUACCUGAACAAGGCGCUGGAGUCGCCCAUCUCGCCCAUUGUGAUCCUUGCUUCCAACAGGGGCAUGGCCACCAUCCGCGGUGCUGACGACCUCGUAGCCGCCCACGGCAUCCCGCCAGAUUUCUUAACCCGUCUUCUCAUCAUCCCAACCCACCCGUACGAGCCCGACGAGAUCAAGCGGAUUGUACGCAUCCGCGCAUCCACCGAGGGUGUCCAGAUCACGGACCCUGCUAUCGACAAGAUUGCCGAGCACGGCGUGCGAAUCAGCCUUCGCUACUGCCUUCAGCUGCUAACCCCUGCGAGCAUCCUCGCGCGGGUCAAUGGCCGCAGCCAGAUCGACGUCCAGGAUGUCGCAGAGUGCGAGGACCUCUUCCUGGACGCCCGGCGGAGCGCCGAUGUCUUGGCUAGUGAAGCUGGCCGGGGCUUCAUUGAGCCGAGACUUUGA